CAGUGUAACAACUGACAAGUAAAUAAUUAAUAAGUAUUAAGUAAUUAUUUUAUCUUUUGGAUAUAUUAAUUGGUUAAUGAUAUAUUUUGAUGUACUAACGAUAUUUCUUCAAGGUUUCCCUUGUUUUCUGGGUCUUAUAGAACACAGUAAACAUUUGACGUUAGAUAAGUUGAUAGUUUUAAACUUCAUGUACUGUUGCUAUGGGUUUUGACAUCAUCCGUUUUGUUGGCGAAGUAGAUGAAGAGCUUCUCUGUCCCAUAUGUACUGGAGUGCUACAGGAUCCAGUCCAAGCACCAGCAUGCGAACACGCAUUCUGCAAAGGUUGUAUACUAGAAUGGCUGCUAAGACAGUCUACAUGUCCAGUAGACAGACUUUCCGUCAAUGUUCUUCAGUUGCGACAGGUGCCACGAAUCCUAAAAAAUCUACUGAAUAGAUUGUAUAUUGUUUGUGAAAAUUCAAAUUAUGGAUGUCAAAGUGUUGUAAAACUAGAUACACUAGACUCUCAUCUAUCUGAAUGUGAAUAUAAUCCUAAAAGACCAUUUCCUUGUGAACAAGGAUGCGGUUUAAUCAUACCAAAAGAUGAGCAUAAGGAUCAUAACUGUGUGAAAGAACUGCGAGAAUUAGUACAAAAACAACAACAGAAAAUAAAUGAAAUGCAUCAAGACAUGGCUACAUACAGAUAUGAAAUGACUGGAAUCAAAGAUGAAAUGAGAAUUUUAAAGGGUUAUGUGCGGGCCUUGCGUGUAUGUAAUCCAAGCGUAAGGGCCGUAGCCGAUGAGUUGGAAAGAGAUGAAAUUGAACGCUGGUCAAGUUCUCUUCCACAAGCCAGAGUUACUCGCUGGGGAGGAAUGAUUUCUACGCCUGAUGAAUACCUUCAAAACAACAUAAAACAAGCACUUAUUGAAAGUGGUUGUCCUGCUCAUAUCCUGGAUGAUCUCGUUAAAAACUGUCAUGAACGCAAUUGGCCAUCCGGACUAUCAAGCCUAGAAACUAGACAACACAACAGAAGGCACUAUGACCGAUACAACUGCAAGCGUAUACCUGGAAAACAAGCGGUCAUUGUCUUACCGUGUGAUAAUAUUAUGGUUAGUGAUGACAUGAUGUCUGAACCCGGUCUCAUAAUGAUUUUUGCUCAUGGAAUAGAAUAAACUAUAUAUGAGUGUCGUUUCUGCUACCGUUAACAAUUAUUAUUAUUUUUUAAUCCUAUUUUGUUAUUUUUAAAUGUCAAAAAAGUAUAUGGUUAACAAUGAACCUUUGUGAUACAUUGUAUAUAAUACCAUAAAUCUAUUACAGAUCAAUGGAUCAUUCAUGUUUUUUUUCCGAUUAAAAUUAUUGUAAUUUAAGAAAAGUUUGUUUUUCAAUAAAACAACUUUAGAACAUCAUUGUUUUAUAAGACUAAUAAAAAAAAAGAAUAUGAUGUGCUUAUUUCACAACUUUACAAAAGUCUAUAUUUCAUUAUUGUUAAAAUGUGUUUGUUAUGUACACAAUGACAUUUAAAUCUGAACAGACAAUUUCAACUUGUUAAGUAUAGUAAAACAUAAUUUUAACUUGAGAUUUUAUAUUUUUAUCUUAUUUGUAUGUUAUUAAGGCUACACCCCCCCCCCCCCCCCAACAAAUAUUGAAAGCACCCCAAAAUUACUGUACAUUUUUCAACCCCCCACUUCUUAUUUUGUUAAGAAAUAUUAAAGCCCUCAUCCCUAAAUUUCAAUCAAAUCUCCGCCUAUGGUUACUAUCAUAAAAUAUUUUAACUAUAAGAUUCGUACAUCAUUGUUGUAAAAAUGCGUACCUAAACAAUUAUAGUUAUCAUAAAAUAGCCAGUAUGUGUUUUUAAUAUUACGUUAAAUAGUCUUAAUGAAUUUAUUGUUUUAUAUGUAUAUAUAAUAAUUUGUAUGUUUUAUAUUAAGUCAAUUAUACGAAAAUUAUCAUGCUAAGUAUUGUCGUAAUGAUAUUAUAUACAAAAUGUUUUCUUAAGUA